AUGGCCCAGCAGAGAGCCCUGCCUCAGAGCAAGGAGACGCUGCUACAGUCCUACAACAAGCGGCUCAAAGACGAUGUCAAGUCCAUCAUGGACAACUUCACCGAGAUCAUCAAGACCGCCAAGGUUGAAGACGAGACGCAGGUGUCCCGGGCCACACAGGGGGAGCAGGACAACUACGAGAUGCACGUGCGGGCCGCCAACAUCGUCCGAGCUGGCGAGUCCCUUAUGAAGCUCGUGUCCGACCUCAAGCAGUUCCUAAUCCUCAAUGACUUCCCGUCGGUGAACGAGGGCAUCUGUCAGCGCAACCAGCAGCUGCGGGCGCUGCAGGAGGAAUGUGACCGGAAGCUGACCACACUGCGUGACGAGGUGUCCAUCGACCUGUACGAGCUGGAGGAGGAGUACUACUCGUCCAGCUCGAGUCCUUGUGAAGCUAAUGACCUCCCUCUGUGUGAAGCUUACUGGAGGCUGGACUGCGACUCCGACCCCACCGACGGCCUCUCGGCCCCCCUGCUGGUGUCCCCAGAGCCCAGCACGGGCUCCCUGCAGGCUGUGGCCCCUGUCCACCCCCAUGCUGGUGGGCCUGGCCCCACGGAGCACGCCUGA